UUAGAAUGUAAGUUGGUGUGCUACUAGUCGCCUUACAUCGUUGAAUACAGUGGCGUUUCUGAUGUUGCAAAAGUUACUAAAAUGUUUGAUCAACUUGUGUUUUUAUUCCCUACCGAUAGUUCUCUUCCCAGCGCCAGGCUCGAAUUUUCACACGCUACGGGAUGAUCGAUUUUGGUGACUUGAAGACCGCUUCGGCCCUGAAGAAGCUAGAUGGUUUUCUGCUUACCAGAAGUUAUAUAUCAGGGUUUCAGCCUACUCAAGCGGAUGUCUCAACUUUCAUAGCCCUUGGGAAGUCACCGUCAUCAGAUUUUGGCAAUAUUUUACGCUGGUACAAACAUAUUGACUCUUUUGGUGCGGAACAAAAAACAUUUCCUGCUCCACAGGAAUCCGCCAAUCCUGAACCAGCUAAAUGUACAUCGCCUGCCGCGAGUGACGAGCUCGAUUUAUUUGGCUCUGAUGAUGAUGAUGAUGAAGAAUAUGAAAAACUAAGAAGUGAGCGCCAGGCUAUUUACGAAGAGAAAAAAGCAAAGAAGGAUAUUCCUGCAGCAAAGUCUAUGGUUGUCUUUGAUGUAAAACCGUGGGGCGACGAAACUGAUAUGGCGGAGAUGGAAAAGGCUGUCCGUAGUAUUCAAGCCGAUGGGCUGUUAUGGGGUUCGUCCAAACUUGUUCCUUUGGCUUAUGGGAUUAAGAAACUCCAAAUUGCAUGUGUUAUUGAAGAUGAUAAGGUCGGAACUGAUAUGUUAGAAGAAGAAAUAACGAAGUUUGAAGAAUUUGUGCAGUCAGUUGACAUAGCUUCUUUUAACAAAAUCUAGUUCUACUUUGGUAUAUGAAUAAAAUUUUUUAGAUGUAUC